CUGUAAUGCUUCAUGACAAAGGAGAAUACUUUCACUGCAGUGACUACUGCCCUUCAUUGUAUAUGACCUCCGGACUGUGCAAGGAAGGAGAGAUGGUGUCUUCUACUUCUCAACUGUCCGUGCAAAUGCCUUCCAACAACGUCACUAUGGAGAGAUCUUCCUCCAGUUCCCUGAUCCUGAACAUCAUCAGGGAGAUGGAGGAGGCAGAGAGGCUAUUUGACAAACCACGCUAUUUGAAACGGAGAAUUGCUGAGAAUGAUCUGCCUUCAAAGACUGUGGAGGUGUACAAGAACAGUAACAGUAGACGUCGAUGGACCUUAUUCAGGCAUGGAACUGUGAAGCUGCAAUAUUCGCUGAUCAGUGGUGGUUCUACUGUACGUGCUGAGGCAGUAUGGGAUCACGUCACCAUGGCCAACCGGGAGUUGGCAUUUAAAGCAGGAGACGUUAUCAAGGUUCUUGAUGCUUCCAACAAGGACUGGUGGUGGGGUCAGAUUGAUGAUGAAGAAGGAUGGUUUCCCGCCAGUUUUGUAAGGCUCUGGGUGAAUCAAGAAGAUGGCGUGGAGGAGGGAACCAGCGAUGUGCAGAAUGGCCACUUGGAUCCAAACUCUGACUGCCUCUGUCUCGGCCGGACCGUCCAAAACCGAGACCAGAUGAGAGCCAACGUCAUCAACGAGAUCAUGAACACGGAGCGCCACUACAUCAAGCACCUCAAGGACAUCUGCGAGGGUUACUUGAAGCAAUGCCGGAAGAGACGGGAUAUGUUCAACGAUGAACAGCUAAAGAUCAUCUUUGGUAACAUUGAAGAUAUCUAUAGAUUUCAGAUGGGUUUUGUCCGGGAUUUGGAGAAACAGUACAACAAAGAAGAUCCCCAUCUCAGUGAAAUUGGACCGUGUUUCCUUGAACACCAAGAUGGCUUCUGGAUCUACUCGGAGUACUGUAAUAACCAUUUGGAUGCAUGCAUGGAGCUUUCCAAGCUGAUGAAAGAUAGCAGGUACCAGAAUUUCUUUGAAGCGUGUCGUCUGUUGCAGCAGAUGAUUAAUAUUGCCAUCGACGGUUUCCUUCUGACGCCAGUGCAGAAGAUUUGCAAAUACCCCCUGCAGCUUGCAGAGCUACUCAAGUAUACUGCACAGGAUCACAGUGACUACAGGUAUGUGGCUGCUGCUCUUGCCGUCAUGAGGAACAUGACUCUACAGAUCAACGAGCGGAAGCGGAGACUGGAGAACAUUGACAAGAUAGCUCAAUGGCAGGCCUCAGUUCUGGACUGGGAGGGAGAUGAUAUCUUGGACCGCAGCUCAGAGUUGAUCUACACAGGAGAGAUGUCCUGGAUUUACCAGCCUUAUGGACGGAACCAGCAGCGUGUUUUCUUUCUCUUUGAUCACCAGAUGGUUCUCUGCAAGAAGGACCUGAUACGAAGAGAUAUUCUGUAUUACAAAGGUCGCAUAGACAUGGAUAAAUAUGAAGUGGUGGAUAUAGAAGACGGACGAGAUGAUGACUUCAAUGUGAGCAUGAAGAAUGCCUUCAAACUUCAUAACAAGGAGACUGAGGAAAUGCACUUAUUCUUUGCCAAGAAACUGGAGGAGAAGUUGCGAUGGCUCAGAGCUUUCAGAGAAGAAAGGAAGAUGGUUAAAGAAGAUGAAAAGAUAGGCUUUGAAAUUUCUGAAAAUCAAAAGCGGCAAGCGGCAAUGACAGUAAAGAAAGUCAGUAAGCAAAAAGGAUCCAAGGAGAAGCACAAGACAGACAGAGCAGAGAGCUCGCGGAAUUGCUCAGAAGAGAAAGAUAGGAGGAGGACAUCCCAGAGAGGUGUGAGCUGCUCCAAGUCGGUUCCUCCAGCCUACCCACCACCCCAGGAUCCAUUAAAUCAGGGACAAUACAUGGUGACAGAUGGCAUAUCCCAGGCCCAGGUCUUCGAGUUCACCGAACCCAGACGCAGCCAGGCACCAUUCUGGCAAAACUUCAGCAGGUUAACACCAUUCAAAAAAUAAUACCUAGAAAGAUGGUGAAUUUUAACUUAAACCAAUUUAAAAUUAAAAAUAAAAUGAAGUAAAAUUAUAUUU